AAAGUAGUCAUGGUUGACGCAAAGUCAAUCGACCAAUGAAAUAUUAUUUUUCUUCUUUUUAUGUUAUUAUUGCCAGUGCAUUCUUUAUCGUUGCUUUUUCUGGUGCUUUCUUUGUUUGAUUGCAGCCACUUUUCAUAGCAUGCAUUAUUGCAAGCUACACAGUAUUGCUUUCUCUGGUGCCUUCAUAAAUCCCUGUUACUCUUCUUCCAUCACCAAACACAAACCCAGUAUCUAACCACAGAUCCAAAUCGACACGCUCGUCCAUGCUGUAAUGGCAGACAGUGUAGUCUCUUUUGUUUUAGAUCACUUAUCCCAGCUUGCCGCACGUGAAGCUAACUUGCUCUAUGGCGUGGAGGACAGAGUGCAGUCUCUUCAGUACGAACUUCAAAUGAUCAAAGACCUCCUCAAUACCACAACCAGAAAGAAAGGAAUGGAACAUACUGUAUUGAACCAAAUCAGAGAUGUGGCCCACUUGGCUGAGGAUGUCAUCGACACUUUUGUAGCCAAAGUUGCCAUUUACAAGAGAAGAACCAUUCUGGGGAGGAUGCUCCGUGGUUUUGGCCAAGCAAGGUUGCUUCACCACGUAGCCGAAAAAAUAGACAAGCUCAAAACCACUCUCAACGAGAUACGCGACAACAAAGAUAAAUAUGAUGCUUUCAGAGAAGCCACUAAUCAAUCCGCAGCAGAAGAAGAGGAGAAGAAGGAAAGGCUGCAAUCGCUGCACAAGCUAAGAAGAGACGUGGAGGAAGAACAUGUGGUUGGCUUUGCCCAGGACUCCAAGGAUGUCGUCAAGCGACUCCAGGGAGGUGGUUCGAAUCGAAAAGUUGUCUCUAUCGUUGGCAUGGGGGGAUUGGGAAAGACCACCCUUGCCCGAAAGGUCUACAAUAGCAGCCAGGUGAAGCACCACUUCGAUUGUCGUGUGUGGGUUUAUGUCUCAAACGAGUGGAGAGUUAGAGAGCUUUUGCUUGGUCUUCUUAAGCAUUUGAUGCCAAAUUUUGAACAACAACGCAGAGGCAACAAGAGAGGUAAGAAAAACGUCGAAGACGUUAACAGCCCAAGUGAGGAGGAGCUGAAGAAACAAAUAUUGAACUGCUUGGAGAGGAAAAAGUAUCUUGUGGUGGUAGAUGACUUGUGGAAAAGGAGGGAUUGGGAUGAGGUGCGAGAUGCUUUUCCAGACAACAACAACGGUAGCAGAAUAUUGAUAACUAGUCGUUUGAAAGAGGUGGCCUUGCAUGCAGGUGAUGAUGUUCCUCACUAUCUUCAAUUCAUGAGUGAAGAAGAAAGUUGGGAGUUGUUUUGCAGGAAAGUGUUUAGGGGUGAAGACUACCCUUCUGAUUUGGAGUCUUUGGGAAAGCAAAUGGUUCAAAGUUGUCGUGGUUUGCCGUUGUCCAUCAUUGUUUUAGCAGGGCUGCUAGCCAAGAAGGGAAAGUCACAUAGAGAAUGGUCUAGAGUUGUAGGUCAUGUUAAUUGGUAUCUGACUCGAGAUGAGACCCAAGUGAAGGAUAUAGUUCUCAAGCUAAGUUACGACAACUUGCCAAGAGAACUAAAACCAUGUUUUUUGUAUCUUGGGUUAUUUCCUGAAGAUUUUGAAAUACCUGUUACAUCAUUAUUGCAAAAAUGGGUUGCAGAGGAUUUUAUACAAGAUACAGGAAAUAGAGACCCAGAUGAUGUUGCGGAAGACUACUUAUACGAACUCAUAGAUCGAAGUUUGGUCCAAGUAUCAAGAAUGGAGUCUAAUGGAGGUUUGGCGACGUGUCAUAUUCAUGAUUUACUUCGAGAUCUUUGCAUAUCAGAAAGCAAAGAGGAGAAAGUGUUUGAAAUUUGCACAGACAAUAACAUUCUAAUCCCUACCAAACCUCGCAGACUGUCCAUUCACAGUGACAUGGGUCACUACAUUUCUUCAAACAACAAUGACCAUUCAUGUAUUCGUUCCCUGUUUUUCUUUGGGCCACAUUAUCGUGUUCAUGGGAAAGAGUGGAAAUGGCUUUUGGAUGACUUCAAAUUGGUUCGAGUACUAGAGUUUGGACUUAACAGUUGCCAUAAGAUCCCUUCCAAUUUAGGAAACUUCAUCCACUUAAGGUACUUGAGAAUACACCGAUUUCAUACAUUUGUUCCAGAUUCAAUACUUAACCUUUGGAAUCUACAAACCAUUGAGCUGGGUUUUUAUCCUCGUGACAUUCCAGUUUCUUUCCCUGUUCAAAUAUGGAAACUCAAACAUUUGAGACAUUUGAAUACACAAGGACCAAUCGAAUUGCGGGGAAGAUGUUCAGAAUCAUACCAGAAGAUGUGGAAUCUUCAAACCAUCUCUCUUCUUGUACUCAAUAAGCAAGCAACAUAUCUAAUAAAGAAAGGAACAUUCCCCAAUAUUAAAAGGAUGGAGUUCUACAUGAGCGGGUAUGAAGAUGAAUUACCCCAUUUAUUGCCAAACUUACAACUAUUGAAGCCUUUGAAUAAAUUAGUGAUUUGGCAAUUAGAGAGAUCUCUCUUGGAACAGAUGAUUCACAUAUUACAAAUUUUGGAAACAAAUAAUGGAGUUGAAGUUGUAUUUGUUACCCAACCUCCUCCACAGGAUUUUGAAAUUGAUUUCAUAUUUUAAAUAAAAGCCUAUUUUAUCUCCAGCUCAAUAAUGUUAAGUGUGUAAAAUUAUCCUCAGUUAAUCAAUUUUGCGUGAACAU